GAAGAAACUCAAUGUUCGAAAGCAACAGUUCAUCAUGAGUCGAUUAAUACUUCAGUCGUUGCUGGUUACCUUCUUGUUGUUCCAAACAAUUUCGGCGCAACCCUACCUACCCCAAUAUUGGAAAAGAGCAGCAGAUGUAGGCGUAAAUCAUGGUUUAGAAAAGCGAGAUGCAUCAUGGUGGAAUGAACAUGUAGUAGAACAUCCGACAUAUUAUGUUAAAAGAGCAGCAGAUGUAGGCGUAAAUCAUGGUUUAGACAAGCGAGAUGCAUCAUGGUGGAAUGAACAUGUAGUAGAACAUCCGACAUAUUAUGUUAAAAGAGCAGCAGAUGUAGGCGUAAAUCAUGGUUUAGACAAGCGAGAUGCAUCAUGGUGGAAUGAACAUGUAGUAGAACAUCCUACAUAUUAUGUUAAAAGAGCAGCAGAUGUAGGCGUAAAUCAUGGUUUAGACAAGCGAGAUGCAUCAUGGUGGAAUGAACAUGUAGUAGAACAUCCGACAUAUUAUGUUAAAAGAGCAGCAGAUGAAGGCGUAAAUCAUGGUUGGAUAUACGACGAUGAACGUUUAGAUAAGCGAAAGGCUGUCAACCGUGACUGGAUAAAUAACGAACAGAUUUUAUUGAAGCGAGAUGCCAAAUUGGCAGUGUCAAGGUCUGGUGGAUGGCGUGAGGUCAAGAGAAGUCCCUCUAUGACUUACAUCCCUUUAGGUGCUAGAUAGAGAAGUCCGCAACUAGGCCUCCUGCGACAGGUCAUGAGUCAUAUACCUUGGAAUCAAUAAGAAGUGUUUCUGGAAAUUUCUGUAAAUUUAGAUGAGCCUAUUAUAGAAUAAAAUUACUGUAAUUAUGUAUCUGAAAAUAUAAACAUAUUUUAUCUAAUAAUAAAACACUGAAAACGUU